AUGGCGGACCAAGUUUGGCAGUCACCAAGUUGGCCUACAACUAUGGAAAAAACUGAUGAAGAGGGGGGUAAUACUCAACAGAAACUCCUAUCACAACCUACAGCCUAUUAUAGAUCUACAGCUAAAAGACAAUUGUCUCGAAAACCAACUUUUCCUGCUCUGGGAAAAGAAGAUCAUCUUAUGUUAGAUAAGAUAGGUUCGCAACAACAAUAUGCUGGCAAAACCAAGGAAACUGCAUUCGUAAAUGGAACAUUCAAAUGGAACCAUGGAGUGUUAAAAACUACCUUUCCACAAGAAAAGAUCUUCGGUGGGGGUAAAACAUUUUCAGAGAUUAUCGGUACAGAAAAAGAUAAUGCACAAUGGACUGGAAAACGAGCGCCAUCGAUAUUGAAGACUGCUCGGACAUUUGAUUCAACUAAACAAAAGAAAAAUACUAAAUCCGUAUCAUUUGCUGUCCCAGAUUCAUCUGAUGAGGAAGCUUAUGAUUACUCUGAAGAUGAUACUGAUUCAGACUAUACAAACUCAGAUCUUGAUGAUUCUGAUUAUCCAAGUGAAAUAGAAGAGAUCGAUGCCAUCAAAGUAAAAUCACUGAUUAAAUGGCUGAUUAAAGUAGUAUUCGCUGGAUUACUCCUUGGAUGUAUUGUGUACUAUGGAGUUUCUUACUACUUUCAUGUGGAAGAAAUCGUAGAUAACAGCUACUGGGGUUGUUUUAAGAGAGCAAUUCUCCCACAAGAGAAAGUGGUAGACACCUUUUGGGGAUCCGUCAAGAGGGUUAUCUUCCAACAACAACAAGUGGAAGAUAACACCUUUUGGGGAUCUUUCAAAAGAUGUCUGUCACGACUUUGGUAA